AUGUCGUCGGGGUGGAUGCAAGAGAUGGAGCCGAUUCCCGAAGAAGGGACCGAGGCGGAUGGGUCCGAGUGGGGCGCCACCUCGGAAUCGGGCACCGCGCGGCGGACCAUGCGGAAGAAGGAGAUCUACACCUCCGAACAGAUCAACACUCUCGUCAGGUUUGUGCUUGGUGGCCUAGCAAUUUUCUAGGCCAUGUGAUAUUGAAACUGUGAAAGCGUUCUUUAGGACAGUCCUCACGAUCCGCGGCCUAGAAAAAGUAAGGCCAGCGCUCCUCGCUUCACUUGUUAUUAUUAUUAUUUCCGAAUUACCAUUACAUAGCCGCCGAAACCGUUGUGUUAUGUGCCCGCAAGGUUGCUUGCAUUAAUGAGAACGAUAAACAAGGAGAAAGAGUGGGAUGCCACGUAGACGCAGACAAUCGGACACGGGCGGGAUGCCAAUACGGGCGUAAGCUAAUCCGUCCACGCAAAUGGUGCAAAGCCGACGAACGGAAACGCACAGUUCAAUUUCGGGUUAGCCGAUAAUAUUUCGGUCUAGGUGUUGGUGGUCUAACUCAUACAGUUUAUGACCUAGAAAACUUUAGUGAAAAUGCUAGGCCAUCGCCAGUUUUGAACCGGGUCUACUAACUUUUUGAUCGGGUUUCCUACGUCACAUUCAUUUUCAUAGUAUCAAAGGUUUUCACCCUUUCGACACAAGAAAGGUUGUGCUAGAGCAGUGUGGCCUAAAAUUUUCCAUUUGUUGGGUUUCUAGGUCAUGGGAUAUUUUAGUAGGUCCCAACAGCCACCAGUGUCCGAUCAGAUCACACACAUGUUUGACCCGUUCCGUUAGGAAAAGCGAAAAGAGAGAGAAAGAGAGAGAGAAAGUAAACAUUUCUUUGGGGUCACUAUCAAAUCGGAGCUCUUCCAUUCGACGGAACCACCAUAAAAUGUAUGAUUGAGACUGUGUACAGAAGAGAGAGAGAGAGAAAGAGAGAGAGAGAGAAGAAAAUGCCAAUGCCAAUGCACACACAUUGUUUUAUGUGUUGUUUGCUCGCUUGUGCACAAUGAAUCACUCGUUUCUUUUUGGCACCUUGCCAAAGUGUCCAACGGUCCGAAACUGCGCAAAAAAGAAGAAGAAGAAGAAUAAUGACUAGUUGGUGUGAAGGAAGAGAGAGAGAGAAUGUGUGAAAUCAAAUUAAAUGUCCUCUUCCUCCUCCUCUUUCGCCUACUCGUUCGUUUCGUUCGUUUCGCAGCGGUUCUUCUCCUUCUUCUUUCUCUCUUUCUCCAUUGUUCAUGUUUGCUUACCUUUCGAUUCCAUUUCGCCCAUUCCCUUUUCAUUUUUUGCUUCCAUCUCAGAGCUAGUGGCCUAGAUAAUUCAAAAAAGCCAAAGUUUGGCCAUCAUUCGUUUUCCAGUUUGGGCUCACCCUCCAGAUAGACUCGAAAGCAAACAUUCCAAGUAUUUACACCUAGGACAUUCUCUUGUCCACUUGCGAAUUUCGAAAUUUCGGAAUUCGAAUCAAAACCGUCCAAUUUCCCAUUCCCCAAGCUCCAACAAGUGUUGGCGGUCAGGUUCUCUCUUGACCAUUCGUCGAAAUCCGCACUUUUCGCUCCACUCCCACCACUUUUCGAUCGGUCCGCGCGGACAGGUCGGAAGAACACGAAUCAUGGUGAAAGUGUGAGGAGUGUCCCUUUGAGGAACACUUGACAACCCGUCAAAUGACUUUUUACAAAGGAAGAGUGAUAAAUAGGUGAAUUAUGUAAAAGUCGAUGCGAACGCGUUUUCUAAAAUAAUUCGACUGAAAGUUGGUUAGCUCGCCGCCGCCGCGGCCUCAAAGAUCACAGUGUCUCGCUAAUGCAAUUCGUUUCCGCCCAAAAAAAUAGAAAAAAGUUUAGUUUCCCAUCAUUGCACAUGCUCGCCGCGAGCACAACUUGACCCCUUUCCACUCUUUUUUCUCAUCGGCGAGCGCGAAUUUCCGGAGAAAGCACUUGUUCCGCAGUGCGGCUCAUCUCUCUCUCUCUCUCUUUCGCUAUUACACAAUAAUUCCGGCCUUUUCAUAGAUCUCAAUGAUUCACGUACAUUUCAUUUCUGAUAAGACGCCAAUAGCAAACAUGUGUCGUCCGUGUCCCCAACCCCCACCGAGACACUUUUCCCCUUUCACCUUUGAUGUGACCCAAGUACUCUAUUGAAAAUGUUUGUGGUCCGGAACUAACUAGAUUUUCUGAGAAUCUCGUCUAGAAAUGAAUUUAUUGUUUGCAGCACAGUUCCCAAAGAGGCGGUUCCGCAAGAGUGGCUCGUCGAGAAUCAGGUCGUCGAUCCAGAGUGAGUUUUUUGAAAUUUUUGAGAACAAUUGCGCACAUUUCUUCAUUUCCCGACAAAAAAUGCGAUUGUUUAUCGAUUGGACGUUUCGCAACCGUGUUUUCCCCGAUUUUUGACUCAGGUAUCGGAGCGAACCUGCAAUUUCGAUUUUCUUGAAGCCGCUCGCAAAAAUUUAACCUUUGAGCUCCUCGGAAAUUGGUAUUUUGGAGAAAAAUUCAAAAUUUUAGAAGCAAACUUUGUGUUUUUUGCAAACGUCGAGCUUUUUCGAAGCUAAUAUUGAAGUGUAUAUAGUUAGCCGCAAAGAUUUGUCGAAAUGCGAUUGACCCGAAACCAGAUGUUCGGUGCCCAGCUGCGCCCUGCCGCGGGGCUUCCAAAAACAAGACACAGAGUCGCAUUUCUUGUUUUUGUCAGCAAAUAGGGUCUCGCCACGAAAAUAAAAAAUCAAUCCAAUAUUUAUGUUGCAGAAUGGCCACUUCGUACCUGACCGAAUCGCUGGCGGGGCCCACAAGUGCGAGGGGGUCUUCGUAUUCCUACUCGUACGAAUCACACUACGACAAUCCGCCGGAAGAGGAGUAUGAGCAUUUUACGAACGAGGACGGAGUGCAUCAAAUGCAAAAAGUGAGUGGUGACCUAGCUUUUUCUCUUCCACCGGCCUCAAAGGGGCGGGGGGGUGGGGCUAAUCCGUUAUCAAAGGGAAAACGGAAAAGAAAAUCGAAGAAAAUGAUAAUAGAGGAUGACCCUGAUGUCGCUCUCUUUCUCUUUUUCUAUCAUAUCAACACGAAAAAGGGUCAAUCAAUCCUUUCGCUGUGUGUUUUCAUUCUCUUUCCAUUUUUCUUCUCAAAACAAUCGCUCCCUACACACACACACACACACACAAACAUACAAUAUCAUUCAGGUGACACGAGUGACAAAAGUGACGACGACCCGCUCGGUCCGUCAGAUUCCCGUCCAGUCACCCUACUCCAACAUCGACUUCGACUCAUCGGGCCUUCCGACGCCGUCGCCCGUCAUCGAACGCGACUCGAGCAUCGAAAUGAUGGCCAGAUUGGGUGGACACGACGCGGAGGACCGCGCCGCGCCGCCGCCUGCACCGCCAAACCGAUUCGCCCAUGAGGGUAAGUGCGCUCCGCGCUGAAUUUAAACAAAUAUCCUUUCUUGUGGCCUAGAAAACUCUUUCUCUUCCAGACAGCGGAAUCCCGUCGGCGCCAGGAGUUCCGGAUAUCAUCGACACGGGAAUCGGCGAGGUGACGGUCGCGUGGAGUGCUCCGUUGGCGCGAAAUGGCGACGGAGGCAUCCGCGGAUACCAACUCCAAAUGAGGGAACUUCCGGACGGAGAAUGGGAGGAUAUGGGCGUCGAUCAACUGAUUAAGGAUACUUCUUGUCGAGGUGAAAGAUACAGACAAUAUUUGCCCAGAUUCUGACUCACUUUCUGUUUUGCUACUAUGUUUUGUCGAAUUCUGACUCACUUCUUCAUCAACUUCUUCCCGUUACGUUUUCUCGGCUCCUGAAACACCUCCGAGUAUAACAUUCGUCUGGAACCCUUUCGUUUUUGUUCGUUGGCGAUGAUUCCCUUCCGAUUGACCUUCGUCGGCACCUCUUUCCCGCUGUGAAGGCAUCGAAAAGAACAUGCCCCCUGAAGACGUCCUUCUAGUGUUCAGCGUACUGGUAAUGAAAGAUUUGUAUCUUUUCACCGCCCAAUUUCCACUUUUUUACUUUGAUUUCCACCUACUUUCAGCCAAUCACGCUGCAAAAUUAACUUCGAAGUGUGUCAUGUACCUUUAAAGUUACAGAAAUCUUAACGGGUUUAUUUUACUAAAUUUUCAAAAGAUUAACAGAUUUUUGAGCUGAAUUUUCUAGCGAUCUAGUUAAAUUCUAUGCCACAAUUGCUGUUUUUCAGUUGUUUUGCCAUAAGUUCCAAGAAAUAACUUGUUAAAAAUAAGUGCUGUACCUUUAAAUCUACAGUGACCUGUUCGGCGCGAAUUUGUAAACUCAGAGCGUUUUCCCGCUCUUUCAACGCGAUUUCCUUCAGUUUUCUCGUUGCAACACCAUUUCCCUGUCGACCUUUCAGCGAUAAUCUUUCCGACGCCAUCUUGUUUAUAACAUAACACAUCCAGAAUGCAUCGAAAGUGCGCGAAACCUCCGGGGCUCGCGAUAACCAUCUCGUGGCGGUACCUUCCGACCUCUUUCCUUCCUUUCAACAUAUUCCUACGUUUCGCACACCAAAUUUCUGCUAAAAUGAUUAUAAAAUUCUCGAAAACUGUGGAAGACCAUCAGAGUUUCGCAGAAGUUGAUGAAGAAGGUUCGAGUUUGGGGGCAUAUUCGCUUUAUUGCUAAGAAAAAAACAAAACAUCUAUCAAUAAUUUGAGCUUCCUUCAUUGCAGUUACGAAUCUAACAUCGCACGAAGUGCAAUUCCGAGUGUCCGCCUACGGAAGAACCGGAUUUGGACCGUCGUCGAAUCCGUCGUUACCCGUCAAAAUUCCGAUCAGUGAGGAGGAUCUUGCCACGUGUAAGUUCCGGAUUCUAGGCCACCUUUAUAAUAAUAGGGUGUUGGGGGCCACAAUUCGAUUGAUUUAUUGCCUGCAAUUUGGCAGUGUUGUUAGCUGGCGCCUUUAAACUUAACUGCCAGCUAACAAAGCUAAAAGGCGGAUAACCUAUUAAUAUUUGCAGCUGCCGAAGGGCCUCUCGCUCCCGGCAGACCGUCGGUCAUUGCCGUCGACGGCCAGGGCGUGCUUCUCGAAUGGACGGCGCCGGUGGCCGACGUGACCGCCUCGCCCCCACAAGGAUACCAGGUCGAGUACCGGGUGUACGGCAGCCGUGACUGGCUGAUCGCCAACGAGCUGCUCGUCCAUGACACCAUGUUCACGGUCGAAAACCUGCGGCCGAACGGCGUCUACGAGUUCCAGGUGCGCGGAAAGAAUCAGGACGGCUUCGGGCGGCCUAGUCUCUCGUCGGGAGCGGUCGCCAUCCGACCCGCCGCUCCGCAGCGGUCCCUGCCGAACCGAAGGGUUUCGGAGAGUGUCUCGCCGGCCGGACAGCCCCAGAUGGUCGAGGCGGGCGAUGAUUGGGUGAAGCUCGAGUGGGCGCCGGCCGCCGAAAACGCCGGAUAUGUGGUCGAGUACCGGGAGGUCGGCGAUCCCACGUGGCACACGGCCAACUACGAUCCGAUCGUGCAGAAUGGAAUACAAGGUGAGCACGUUUUUCUAGGUCACGGUCGGAAGAAACAAGAAACUUCCCAAAAAAGGUGCGCAAUCCUAGAAAAUGUGAUAAAUUGCUGGAAUCCGACAACCGAAAUACGAGUUCAAUAACCGAACAGUACUUGUUUGCCCACAAUCCAAUCAUUUUCUUGCAGUGGAAGGCCUCCGCCGCAACUCGACCUACGAAUUCUGCGUGAUUUCGAUCGUCGACGGCGUCUCGUCGCACCCCUCCGACACUUCUGAUAUCAUCCAUUUGCGGCCGAUGGGACGAGCUUCUUCGUUGCGAGUCGUUCCCGAAAUGGCCGACGCGCCCGAGUUUCUCGACAUUGACGGCGACAAAAUCACCAUUUGUUGGCUGCCGGCGCAUAGUACACUUCCGGUUACGGUAGGCGCGGACUAGAAAUCGCACGGCCACCGCCACCACUUCCUUUUCAGGGCUAUGAUGUGGAAUUCCGCGAUUUGCAACAAGACGAUCGGUGGUACAAGGUGAACGAUCAGCCGGUGUUUGCGUGCAAAAUGACGGUCGGCGAUCUGAUUCUCGAGCACGACUACCAAUUCCGAGUGCUCGCGCACAAUGCCUCCGGAUGCUCGCAACCAUCGCCGCCCUCGCAAUUUGUGCACAUCGAGCCGAGCAGCAGUAAGAAAAAGAGUCAUCGAUGAGUCAUUUCCCUUAUCACUUCUUCUUCCAGACCGCCUCUCCUCGCUGGAAUCGCCACACUUGGGUCAUCACGACGUGGUCAAGUACGUUGAAGCCGAACGAUUCGGAGCUGUGCCGUUGCUCCAGGAGGAGAUGGUCCGAGAGUCGCCGCCGCUGCCCGAGAGGGACGAUUCGCCGCCGCCGCUUCGUAGAGCCAAUAGCAAUAGUGAGUCAUGUGGCGCUCUACCGCACAAGUGAUGGUGCAAUUUCGUCUUUGCCGAAUUUCUAGGCCAGAAGUUCCCAGCAAUGGGAAAAUUUCGAUUUUAUCUGUUUUAAAAAAAAAAACAUGAAUCUCUCUAUUUUCAGUCCAAUGGCGAGAUCCGUCGCUGAAAGAAGUGGUCGAGUACCUGUCGUCGGCCGACAAGGACAAGCAACUCAACGCGAGCGGAUACCUCCAACAUCUGAUGUACACGGACAAUAGCCUCAAAGAAGAGGUCCGGGAGCACGGAGGAAUCCCCCGACUGAUUGCCCUGCUGAAAAGCGACGUGCCGCGGAUUCAGAAAAACGCAUGCGCGUGCAUCAAGAACGUGUGCUUCGGAAAAACGAACGACGCGAACAAGAUGGCGGUGAUGGAGGCGGACGGAGUGCGACAUUUGGCCGAAGUGCUCCGAACCACCCACGACGCUUCGGUCAAGGAAGAGGCGACGGCGGCUCUCUGGAACCUGAGCUCGGCGGAUCCGCUGAAGCCGGUGAUCCUCGAUGCGGCCACGGAGAUUCUGAGUCAGCAGGUCAUCGCGCCGAUCUACCAUAGCGCAUCGAACGGUGGAACUUCGAACGGAUCUUCCGUUGAUCCCUCCCGACACUUUGCCUCCACUCUUUUCAAGAAUUCUACCGGAAUCCUUCGCAACGUCUCCGCGGCUUCUCAACAGGCGCGACGACGUCUUCGCGAUGUUCCCAAUCUCAUCGAAGGCCUCGUUUACUUCCUGACGCACGCGAUUCAAAAGAGUCAGGUGGACACGCCGACUGUCGAAAACGCGGUGUGUCUGCUCAGGAAUUUGAGUUAUAGGAUUCAGGAAGUGGUCGAUCCGAACUACGACCCGGCGUCCGCUCAUCUGAAUGCGAAGAAUGUGAAGCAUGCGCCGUCGCCGAAGCCGAAGAAGAAGGAAAAGGAGAAGAAGAAGGAUCAGAAGAACCCGAAGAACAUUGUCUCCGGAGCGGCACUUCUCUGGCAGCCGAACGUCGUCAAACUGUAUCUGAAGCUACUCCAGGACAGCUCGAACAUCGAGACGCUCGAAGCGUCGGCGGGCGCCAUUCAGAACCUCGCCGCAUGUCAAUUCCCGCCCUCUGCGGAAGUGCGUGCGGCCGUCCGCGUUGAAAAAGGUCUUCCAGUGCUCGUGGAGCUCAUCCGAUUGCCAGAGGACUUUGUCGUGUGUGCGGUCUCCACCGCUCUCCGAAAUCUGUCGAUUGAUCCCAGGAAUCGAGAGCUUAUCGGUAAAAAAAAAAGAUUUACAAUUGUUCUCUACGAUUUUUCGCAAAGCUUCAGGAAAAUACGCGCUCCGCGACUUGCUCGAGAAGCUCCCGGAAGCGGGAAGUGCUCGCCGUGCGGCCGUCUCCGAUCAGACCAUCGGCGCCGUGCUCGGCAUUCUUUUCGAGAUUGUUCGCAGCAGUGCCGCCUACACAAAAGACGUGCACGAGCUCAAAGGUACUGCGUGUUUCAAUCAUUUUUGCAAAUCUCUUUUUGACUUCAGGCACCGACAAGCUGCGCGCACUGUCUCGUUCGUAUCCGACGUACUCGCAUCGGGUGUGCAAGUACGCAAGUCAGGUGCUCUACGUGAUGUGGCAGCACAAAGAACUGCACGAUGGAUUUAAGAGAAGCGGGCUCAAAGAGGCCGACUUCUACUCGGGAACUGCCCGCAGGUUUGUGAAAAAUCAGCAAAUCUAAGACCCCGACGUUUCGGAACCCGACAUUUCGAAACCACGACGUUUCGCAGCUAACGUGAACAACUGAACUUAUCGAUAAAAGUUUACGUGAGCACGCGAGACGGCGCGGUAUCGUAACGUUCGGUUGCAAAACGUCGGGAAGCAAUUUGUUUACGGUUUUCACAGAAAAUGUAGUUUGAAAGGAGCAGAACCCUUGAUAAAUUGCACAUUUUCGUUCAAACCCAUCUAAUUUCCAGAGGCGACUCCUCGACCCUGGCGCGUCCGAUCUCUUCGCAAGGCCGCGAACGCCCGUCUAUGCACAACCUGGACGAGACGCUUUCUAGCGGCGGCGGCUACGGAACGAUGAUGUCCGACGGUCGAGCCGGUUCGGCGCACCGCCCGCCCUCCGCCACGUCACAAACUAUUCAGCGGCGGUACGAUCAAGUGCCGCGCGAGCCCGUCUACGCGGCCGUUCACAAGCAACCGUCGCCACGUGGCGGCGUAGAUGAUAGUUGGGUAUAA